UGAUAAGAAAAGAAAUAGAAAAUAUUUUUCUUCUCGCUCUGUUGUGUUAUUGAACAGUGUAAAGCGCAAUUAUUUCGAUUUUACCAUCAGUCUUAAAGUGAAACGUCUAGAAAACAAAAGUAAAUUGCGUCAUAAAAAACAGUAAUAAUGUUGUUGGCAAAAGUUUGCCGAGCUUCAAUUUCACCUCAAGUGACUUCUUUGCUUAAAACACCCGUUGUACCAAGAGCCACCAAAUUCCAAGUAACUAGGUUAUAUGCGUCUGAUGGAAGAACGUUUGCAAGAUCUGGAAGGAUUAGAGCAAAAAUUAUUGAAGAUGUAACUAAAGUACCAGGAGAAACAGCAUUCAACGUUGGAAAGGGAUUUGCUGCUGGUGGUGCUGUACUUGGAUUAGGAGCUUUGUGUUAUUAUGGAGCAGGUCUUUCUUCAGCCACUGGUGCCAUAGACCAUGCAAAAUUUUGGCCUGAAUAUGUUAAAGAUCGAGUUCACACUACUUAUAUGUACUUUGGAGGAUCUAUUGCUGCUAGCGCAGCAACAGCAGCAGCAUGCUUGAGAUCUCCAGCUGUAAUGAGAAUGGUAACACAAGGAGGAUGGGUAGCGAUGGGCGUUAGUUUAGUAGCCAUGAUCGGAUCGGGAAUGUUAGUACGAAGUAUACCAUACCAAGAGGGUUUUGGAGCUAAGCAAAUGGCAUGGCUCGUUCAUUCAGGAGUUAUUGGAGCUGUUAUUGCUCCUCUUUCACUUCUUGGAGGACCAAUUAUGCUCAGAGCAGCCAUGUAUACUGCUGGAAUUGUUGGUGGAUUGUCUGCAGUUGCUGUUUGUGCUCCAAGUGAUAAAUUUCUCAACAUGGGUGGACCUCUUGCCAUUGGUUUGGGAGUUGUUUUUGCUAGCUCUAUCGGAAGUAUGUUUCUUCCGCCCACUACAGCAGUAGGAGCUGGACUGCAUUCUAUGGUGCUUUACGGAGGUCUUGUACUCUUUUCAAUGUUCUUACUUUAUGAUACUCAAAGAAUCAUAAAACAAGCUGAGACUCAUCCCGUUCCCUAUCGACAGUUUGCAAAUUCCGUUGGAGUUUAUGAUCCAGUCAAUAAUGCAAUCUCCAUUUACCUGGACACAAUCAAUAUCUUUGUGAGAAUAGUUUCUAUUCUAUCUGGAGGUGGUUCGAGGCGCAAGUAAAUUUCUCUACAAAAUUUAGUAUUUUCUCAAUAUAAUUAAUAAUACUUUAUUUGAUUUAUUUUUAAAUAUGUAAUAAGUAAAUUAUUUAAUGGUUAUUAAUUAAUAGAAAUAUGAAUUCCAAAUAGUAAGAUAAAUUCUUUUCAACAGUCACAAUAUUCUUUACAGCUUUUAAAUAUGGAUAAAAAAUUGUAAAAUAUA